UUUCUGUUUAUUUUGUGUUCAUGGAUCCCAAGACCUCCAAGCAGCCCCCACAAGAGGUAUCCAACUUCUUGAGCCUACCACCAGAACCCCAACAAUCACACAACAUGGGUGACAACAAACCAGCUGAAAUCAAGGAUUUCCAGAUUGUAAUUGCUGACAAAGAAGGGGGCAAGAAACAACACUUGGCAACCAAAAGGAGCUCUAACAAAGACAGGCACACAAAAGUUGAAGGCAGAGGCAGGAGGAUUAGGAUGCCUGCUCUCUGUGCAGCAAGAAUCUUUCAGUUGACUAGAGAAUUGGGUCACAAAUCUGAUGGAGAAACGAUACAGUGGUUGUUACAGCAAGCUGAACCCGCUAUAUUUGCAGCUACCGGGUCUGGAACCAUGCCAGCAUCUGCUUUGGCUGCAGCCGGAGGCUCAGUUUCACAGCAAGGGGCCUCUCUAUCAGCAGGAUUGCACCAAAAGAUGGAUGAUUUAGGGGGGUCCAGUAUUGGAUCGGCUAGCAGUAGGACCGGUUGGGCAAUGGUAGGUGGCAAUUUGGGAAGACCCCAUCAUGUGGCCACGGGUCUAUGGCCCCCAGUCAGUGGGUUUGGCUUCCCCUCAUCAUCUGGUCCACCCACCGCGAAUUUGGGCAGUGAAAGUUCUAAUUACCUGCAAAAGAUAGGGUUUCCCGGCUUUGACUUGCCUGCCACUAACAUGGGUCCUAUUGGUUUUACUUCAAUCUUGGGUGGCGGUAAUCAGCAGCUACCUGGUUUGGAACUGGGGUUGUCUCAAGAUGGUCAUGUUGGGGUUUUGAAUCCCCAAGCGAUGAGCCAAAUUUAUCAGCAGAUGGGACAGGCUAGAAUGCACGAACACCAGCCCCACCAGCAACCUCCUGCUGACGAUGAUUCUCAAGGUUCUAGCCAGUAAACACUGUGAAGUAGUGAAAUUUGGAGCGAGAUUGGAAAAAAAGUAGCAUUCUUGGAGAGGACGGGUUUUCCUUGUAAUGGUUUGAUUGGGAAAACAAGCAAAAAAUUGAGAAAGUUCAUACCGGCCUGAGAAUUCUAUACGUUUUUUAUGGAUUUGGUUUUGCUCCAUUUUUCUCCACUGCCUCACCCAAGCCUCCAUUACAGAGGUGCUGCAUCAGGUGUUGGUAAUUUUGCUGAUACUAAUUUGGGUAAUAAGGGUAUUGAUUUUGUGUGGUGCUGCCUUUUUUUUUUUCUUUUUUUUUUUUCUUUUUGGGAAUGUGCAGGUGGAGCUGUGCACAAUCAAGUAUCUUGAGUUUGGGGUUAACUUCUUAUAUAAUUCAGAGGUGUGUUUAUUAUAUUAAUUUUUUUGUUCUUCUCUAGGUCUGGAGGGAGUGCCAAUCAGUUUGUUUGUGAAAUUAAACAUAGAGUUUUACAAUCAUAUUUCUCCAGUUUCUUACUGGAUUUGGUAGAAUCCUUUUUUAAUUUGUUGUAUCAAAUGCAACAGAAGAGAGCAAUCAAUGAUUACAUCUGGAUUCUGGCGUUUAAUUGCUAGAUGUUUCCUAGUACAGCAUUUCUAUAAACAACCUGGUUCUACAACCACUUCAAAGUGGCCCCCCAGAAUCGAAUUCCAUAUCUGAUAUUGUUUUGAAAAAAACAUUUCUAACUCAUUUGAAAGCUUCAUUCUUCACAGAGAUGACUAAUUCUCUUAUGAAGAUGAAAUCCUAGCUGUGUCUGUAUAUCAGUUAUUUUUGUUUUCAUUCUUACACCCUUAAUAAAGGACCUUGGUCAAA